UCACCGAAAAGACUCGCAACCACUAACGUCCUGCUGUGUUAUGACGCAAUUUAACCGCGACUCAUUUAUACAAAAAUGAAUUGUAAACGACAGCGAGAUAGCGAGAAUGCCGAGAAAGGAAAGAAGAGAAAUAAACGCGAAGAGAGAGCAGAACUUUCUGCACUACUCGAGGACGAAGAUGUGAAGAGGGGAGUGAAGGAAGCAUGGUCGCAGCGAGCGCAGUACUCUCGUGGGGACCUGGAGCUGGACUGCCACCCUUUCCCUCACUUGCUCAUCAGGAACUUCAUCCAGAGUGACAGCUUUACAGAGAACCUACAGAGGGAGCUUCUGGACCUCAACUUCCAUGAGAAGUCCAACGACCUGUACAAAUUUAAUCAGUCAGACGACCUGAAAAAGAGAAAAGAGCCUCACAUCACAGGCUUGAGGGCAGCACUAUUUGGGCUGUUUCGAUCCUGGCUGGGGGAAGUGUUGGGGAUAGAACUGGAGCCCAUAGUGGAUGUUUCCUGUGCCAAGUACCAAUACACUGAUGUUCUGUUGUGUCAUGAUGAUGAGUUGGAGGGGAGGCGUGUUGCCUUUAUCCUCUACCUUGUCCCUCCAUGGGAGAGCAGCGAUGGAGGAACCCUGGAUCUCUUCAGCACAGAUGAUCACUUCCAGCCCCAUAGUGUGGUGAAGUCUCUGGUACCCAGCUGGAACACUCUGAUUCUCUUUGAGGUUUCACCCGUCUCCUUCCACCAGGUUGCAGAGGUGUUGUCAGAGGAUAAGUGUCGUCUCUCUCUGAGUGGCUGGUUUCACGGGCCGUCUUUGGAGCGACCACCUCGUCACAUCGAGCUCCCCUUCCCAAGGAGCCCCCACCUUCCCAGGGAUGAGACACUGCUGCUAGAGUGGGUGAAUCCACUGUAUCUGGAUGUUGACUACCAGUCACAGGUUCAGCAAGAGUUUGAGGACAGCUCUGAGAUCCAGCUCAAGAAUUUCCUCAAAGAGGAGAAGUUUAAGGAGGUGAGUGAAGCACUGCGAUUGACUGAUGUCCAGUGGACCAAGCAAGGUCCUCCCAACAGGAGAUGUUAUGAAGUGGCUUCGUUAGAGUCCUUCCCCCAGUGUGUGAGUGCAUGCUGGGAGUUGCUGUGCUCGGAGGCUUUCUUCCUGCUUCUGUCCAACUUCACUGGCCUGAGACUGCACUACCUCAGCCCUAGUGACGAAGACGAGGAGGAAGAGAAGGACCAAGAAGAUGAGGAAGAGGGAGAAGCCACAGGGUCAUCUGGGGACACACCAUCAGCUAAUAAGAAUAACAAAGAGCCGAGCACACCGGUGUGUGUUGGAGAGCUGCGUCGCUGGGCUCACGGGGACUACACACUACUGCACGAUGGAGACGCAUCGAAAGCGGAGUAUGCCCUUGACCUACUGCUGCCCCUGAGCUGUCCUGGCUGGCAGACCGAGUUUGGGGGCUUCACCUCUUACAUUGCUAAUGAAGAGGAUGAGGAGCUCCUGAUGGUGUAUCCAGAGGAGAACUCCCUGGCUCUUGUCUACAGGGACAAAGAGACUCUCAAAUUUGUCAAACAUAUCAAUCACAGAAGCUCCACUCUACCUAUUGGUGAUUCUUGUAGGAGAGCAGUUUAUGACUUCUCCUUUGUGUAUUAUGAAUGAGUUUUUGUGUGUAUGUGUUGAGGUGUAUGUGUUUGUAAUAUAACACCACUGUGAGGGGUGGUCGGUCUACUCUAAAGCCUCAUGAUGUCAUGUUUAAAGUGAACAGGCAGGGAUACCCUGUUACCAUGGUUACCUGGUUUUGGUCGGCAGCCACAGAGUAAAACAGAUUUUUUAAAAUUGUCUACAGUGACAGCAUUUGGUAGUAUUUUGUGUUCAUUAUCUUGUGGCAUUAUUGUUGCCCUGUAUGGCUGAGUUGGUAGAGCAUGGCGUUAGCAACGCCAGGGUUGUGGGUUUGUUUCCCGGGCUACCCAGGCGUAAAAUAUAUGCACACAUGACUGCAAGUCGCAUUGGAUAAAAGCAUCUGCUAAAUGGAAUAUAAUAUUAUUAUUAUAUAUUGCUAGUUUAUUUGUAUGUGUCUGUAGUAUGUGUUCAAACUUUCUUACAGUAUUCAUGCUGUCACUGUAAAAAUGAAUCUGUCUGCAAGGAAAGUAAACUCCAGAGCAGUGAUUGAACAUUAGAGAACCAAAUCCACACACACUUGCACAACCACCACUCCGAUGUUAAAUUCUUCACUUGGAUAUCAAACUGAAUAACAAAUUAGUAAUAACAGCUAAAUGUUUGACAGACCUAUGAUUUCACAAAUCUUUUUAUUUUUUUGGGCCCAUCCCCUCUUACAGUUUUUGUUGUUACAUUUACAUAUGACUCAUUUUACAUACAUGGCACUUUUUUUACACAGUAGUUACAUAGCAAAAUAUUGUUAUUUUAAAUACAUUGCAUAGUACUUAAACACAUCGUUAUACAUUAUAUAGUUUUUAGUCACCUUAGUGAAAAUAUUGAAACAAUUGUUGCAAUCUGACUUAAAUUUCGACAAAGGAUGGAGCUACAUACUGUAGUUAUUGAUUGUUACACCAGAUAUUGUGAUUUAACCAGAAGCUUUUGGUAUCCAUUACUGGGAGUUACAGGUUAGGUACUGUUUGGUGUAGCACAGAGAAUUUUCGACCAACUUUAACAUUGCGACACUAUCUUCGUUCUCGAUUCGGACAAACGUAUCUUCUAAAAUGUCUGUCCAAUUGCAAGUGGUGCGAAAAUUCCCCAAUAUUAAAAUAAAUGUUUUGCUCCAUUAAGUAAUCUAACGAUGUGUACGCCGCCAUCUUGUCUAUUUCAAGUCUUCUCCCAUCGAUCGAGAUAGGUGUGUCAUGAUAACUGGGAAAUUUUCUAAGAAUUAGCAAAUCGGAAAUGUAUGAGUUUCCUAAUUCCAAUUUGCAUGUGAAAGCGGCAUAAUAUCUUGUGGACAGAUGAAACGGCGAGAAACGGUCAAGGCUCACAUAGAAUUUUGUUAUUACUAGCAGCAGUAGUUCCUGGUUUUGGGUUUUCAUCAUUGAUUAUUUGGAUGAAUCAAGAUUGGAGCGAAGGCGGUGCUUGAACUGGUGCGGUUAUUUACAAGCCCGUGUGUGGACGAUAAAUGGGUUUCACUAGAUUCCACAACCACAAAGUAAAAAUGGCCUAUAUCAUAAAA